AUGGAGAUUACGUUGUUUUUUUGUUGUUUUAUACUAGUAUGUGCGAUAAUGGUAGCGGCAAGUUCAAUGAUCCACUUUGCUGUAGUGAGCUUGCUUUUUGUGGCUGUGUUCGGUAGUGGUUUGGUAGUAGUUGAGGGUGGAAGUUUUAUGCCCCUGGUGGUAUUAUUAAUUUAUCUGGGGGGCUUACUGGUGGUAUUUGCUUUUUGUGUGGGGUUCACUGAUGAUCCUUUUAUAGGGUUUUGAGGGGUGGGGGUAUCCAAGGGGGCUGUGUUUCUUUAUUGAGUGGGGUUGUUGAUCGGGAUCUGUUGUGCGUGGGGGUAUUUGUGAGGGGGGAUGUGGAUUAGUGUGGGAGAGCCUUGGAGUGAGGUUGUGGUCGGUGAGUCAUUAGGGGUCAGUGAGAUGUAUUGUAAUGGGUGAGUAUUUGUUGUGGUGUGUGGAUGAGCCCUGCUAAUUGUAUUAUUCGUAAUCACGGGGCUCAUUCGUGGCCAUCGGCGAGGGGCAUUUCGUUCUUUUAGA